CAGAUUUUGAAGACAGAGAAGAAAACGGUGUUUGGGAGAAGAGAAAAUCAGAUAGAAAAUAAUAAUAAUAAUAAUAAUAAUAAUAAUAAUCAGAAUAAGAAUGUGGAAGGUUUACGUUUGCGAAGAGGAGAAGAAGGAGGUGGGGAGGCAAGAGGCUCCGGGAUCGUGCCCUCAGUGCGGCGGAAAGGUGGAAGCCAUGGAUGUGGAGAGCCGGUGGAGAUUCUGCUUUCUCCCCAUCUGCUUCAACAUCAAGAGGAAGUAUUUUUGUACUCUCUGCUCCAGACGACUCGUCUUGUACUACUAACCACUCUAUUCUCAGAUCAUUCUCCUCAAAUCUCUCAUUUUCAUUUCAAAUUUCUACUCUUUUUUUUUUUAUAUAUAGUAUAUUUGUGAUAUAACUUCUUGUGUUGAAUAUUUGUGUAAUUGAUUCAAUUUAAAACUGGAUUAUGUUUUCUAUUA